AUGUUGGCCCAUGAUCAUGACAGUGACGCAACAUCGCGGAAGUUCAUGAAACGUUACAUCCUCGGAAGGCUGGUCUAUGGGAUGUACGACAGGUUCAAACGUGCAAGAAAAUACGAGGAAUGGUGGACCGAGGUGCACUAUGAUCUGUGGGAGUUGGACAAAGUAUUGACUAAGGAGGAGCUUAAUAAAUAUGCAACAGCUGUGGAGUAUGAGCAUAAGAACAAGUACUUCGGUGUCUUCCGACGGAAUAAUGUGUUUCCUUUAGCCGAGUUUCCAGACUGGGUAGUCGCGAUCCGGGGAACUCACCUCUUGAGUUCGACGGAUCUCAAAAACGAUCUUGCAAUCGUUUUGGAGACACUGAAAUCUUCAAAGUUGAUCAAAAUUUUGAAGGUUGUGGUCAGGCGUCUCGGUAAGGACUAUAAGUACUGCAACGUGAACGUGACCGGUCAUUCACUCGGGGCCGCAGCGGGCUUGCUGGUCUGUCGAAGGCUGGCACUGAAAGGGUGUCUGGUCGAGGGCCACUUCUUCAAUCCUCCGUUCGUCGCUCUGGAAUCGCUGGCUCGCACCUGUGCACAUGCUGUGAAACAUGCUCGUAUGAGGGUAUUCCCGGCCGACGGUGAAAAACUCUAUGAAAGACUUAAAAACGCUGCUUGGGGCGCCAGCAGCACAGCUUUCCAGGCAGUGGUCGAACCCGACGGGAAAAAAAAGGCAUUUGCCGAGUUCACGACAUUGGCCGAAGUCAAUUGGUCUCCGUAUCUCUAUGUGAACAAACAUGACCUCAUCUGCAAAACGUUUCUCUCACACUUCACAGUAGCAAUGCACGGAAGCAUCGAUGAGGAUCGGAAGAUGUGGUAUUCUACGGUGACCGAGUUUAGCAAGUGGUUUCUGGGAAAGACAGAGUCGUUCAAUCUGCUUCCUUCUGCACAUUUGGUUGUGAUUGAGACGUUCGAGGAACGGCCCUAUAGAGCACACAAGUUGUGGAACUGGAUGGUGGAUCCACAGCUUCCAUAUGAAUUCAAGCAGGCCAAACUCAUCCCAUCUCCUCACACCUAG